GAAGGAGAUAUCGCCNACCCUACACCCACUAAUUCAUCCACUAGCAUAAUACCUCCAAAGGUGGAGUGUAUUAAAUAUUAACUCCUUCUCCACUUUGUCAACUCCACACUCUCAAUCCCUCUUCACACUCUCUCUCUGUCGGUCAGUCACAAAGGAGGAGGAGAAAGGAUUCCAUCUCCAUUGUUGAGCCAAGAAGAAGAAGAAGGAGCAAGGAGAAACAUCAAAGUUUCUAAAAUCCUGAGUGAAAAACGCAGCAUCAACUUCUUUGUAAAUUCUGUAAUUCUCUAUUCAUUUUCUCGAAUUAUUUAUUAUACCAAAAUCGUAGCCCCGGAUGUUACGAAUCCAACCCAACAAACGGUUCGUGAUUCCGUUAAGUAAUGAAGGAGAUAUCGCCAAAAUACCGGGACUACGUCAGUGGUGACGAGUUCCACGGGUUGGCUAUGUUUUCUUUAUCAUAUCCAUAUCUUUCAUUCAAAGUGCUUACCAUAAAACUCAUAUUUUCUUUUCCAAUCAUUCUCUCUUGUUGGAAGAUUCAUUCAAGCAAAGAAAAGAAGAAGAACUUCAACUCCAUUGGUGAAACAAGAAGAAGAAAUCAUCAUAAGUUUUUUCAAAAUCCUGGCAGCAGCAAACCGUCACCUUGUGAGCCAUUUUCAUAUAUCUUAACAUCAUUAUUUCAGUCUGAUUUCUGAACAAAAGUUGUAGCCUCGUGUCUCGCGAAUCUAACGCAUCAAACGGUUUGCAAUUUCGUUGAGAAACGAAGGAGAUAUGGUCAAAAUACCGAGACUGCGUCGGUGGCGACGGGCCUCUCGGGUUUGACUACUUUCUUUUCAAUAUUCUUUCCAUUCCGUUCAAAACUCUUAUCGUCGAUUCUAUAACGAUUAUUAAGAACUCCCAGAGAGUAUUGUAUAGAAGACCCGACGUUGGAAGCUUGAAGUUGAUAGAGGUGUCCGUACGUUGAACGUUCGUUGAGGCGUAUACUUUAUUCCUAUCACUUCCGUCUUCAACGUUAUCAAGGUAACAAUACUGAUCAUGGAGCCCAUCCCGGAGGUCAAUGAGAGUGACGAGAUGUACGGACUGGUGGACCACAUUUAUGAUGCUUUAACUAAAUAAAUACCUUUUCGGGCG